AUGCGCAUGGUGAUCGACACCGGAAGCAGUGAUCUAUGGACGAAUACACCAAAUUCCACCUUCUGUGAAAACACACAAAAUGGCUGCAGCAUAUCUGGUACUUACGAUUCGAGCUCCUCCUCCUCAUACGCCUAUGUGAAUUCGGACUUCAAUAUCACUUAUGCCGAUGGGUCCGGUGCCGCCGGUGAUUAUGUCACCGAUACUCUCACCAUUGGAGGCACAACUAUCAAGGAUUUCCAGUUUGGAAUUGGAUUUACCUCUGCAUCUGCAGAGGGCGUGCUCGGAAUAGGAUAUACUGCAAAUGAAGUCCAGGUGGGCACCAAUGGCGAGUCAGCAUAUGCCAACCUGCCCAAGGCCAUGGUCAACAAAGGUUUAAUUCAAUCAAACGCCUAUAGUCUCUGGCUGAAUGACCUGGAUGCAAACACAGGGUCAAUUCUGUUUGGUGGAGUCAACACUAAGAAGUACCACGGCACACUGCAAACCGUCCCCAUUCAGAAAGUUGGAGGCCAGUACGCGGAGUUCAUCAUCGCACUUACUGGAGUUUCUCUUAGCAACUCCUCGGGUACAACCACCUACUCGAAUUCCAUCCCAGCAGGUGUCCUCCUCGACUCAGGAAGUUCUCUCACCUACCUCCCGGACGCCGUGGUAAGCGACAUCUACAACGACCUCGGCGUAACGUACGAGUCCCAAAGCGGCAUUGGUUACAUCGAAUGUAGCAUGGGUACCAAGGAUACCAACAUCAGCUACACAUUCUCCUCGCCGACCAUCAACGUCGGACUGAACGAGCUAGUCAUCGAUGUUGGCGACCUCUAUUUCCGCAACGGCGAAAAGGCCUGCGUCUUCGGCAUCGUGCCCGCAGGUAGCAGUACUUCUGUUCUGGGCGAUACCUUCCUCCGCAGUGCAUAUGUCGUCUACGACCUAGCCAACAACGAGAUCUCCCUCGCAAAUACCAACUUCAACUCGACCGGCAACGAUAUCUCCGAGAUCGGUACCGGUACUGAUUCUGUGCCUGGUGCUACUGCUGUCUCGAAUCCGGUGACUACCGCCCCAGUUGGUGGCACUGCUGCUCGUAUUGGUGGUAUUGGAGGGUCGGGUAUCUACACCUCAGCUUCUGCGACUGGCAACAUGGCUAUACCUAAGGCCACUGCCAUGCCGAGACAUCUAGCUCUCGGCCUUGCUGGUGCUGGAGCGUUUUUGGUUCUGUGA